GAAAAUUAAAAUAUACCUUAUUUUCUACUUGAAAGUCUACUGAAACUCUCGUCUCGGAAAACUAGAAAGGUGAAACAGAAGAGAGAAAGAAGAAUUGGCUUUCUUCAAUUGCAUCAACAAAUAAACAGGUGCCCAACAAAAUUCAAUUAUUACGGCUUUUAUAAUUCAGAAAACCGUUUUAGAUUGUCACUGAUGCUGUCAUUGAAAUGGGUUUGAUUCCUAAUCUUAAUCUUAAUCCUAAUCCUAAUCCCAAGCAAUCUCCAUUUUGUAUAAAAUGGCCCUGGGAUGCUAUAAACCCUAACCCUAAAAUUUCCCAAAACCCUAACCCCUGCAACUUUGAGUCUCCUUGGUUAUUCAGGUCUCUCCAAAACCUUGGUUCAUUUGCUUUCAAUUUUGCAAAUUCUGUUUCAAAAUCUUCAAUUCCUCAGAGUUCCAACAAUUCCUUGGCACCGGUUGAGAAAAUUGGUCAGAACAAGAAAUUCAAUUUGACAUGGAAGAAGGAGAAGAUAAAGAAAAUAACUCCCAAUGGCGUCGAGCAGGCGGAGGCCGAGCAGCGAGCGUUUGCUGCCGCACUGGCAAGUGGGAAGGAGGCCACUUUGCUCGAGUUUUACUCACCCAAAUGCAGGCUCUGUAAUUCCUUGCUAAGUUUUGCUUUGGAGAUGGAGAAGAGGAAUGCUCACUGGCUUAAUGUUGUCAUGGCUGAUGCUGAGAAUGAGAAGUGGUUACCAGAGCUCCUUAAUUAUGAUGUUAGUUAUGUCCCCUGCUUUGUGCUUAUUGACAACCAAGGAAGGGCCUUGGCUAAGUCAGGUAUCCCAAAUAGUCGUUUACAUGUUGUAGCCGGAGUCUCACAUCUACUCAAAAUGAAGCGUCCUCAACAAAAUUAAUGGAUGAUGGGCAGAAAACCAACAUUUGUUUGCGGUAUCGUUCUAUGAGCUUGAGUUGCACUUCUUUAUAUAUAUGUGGUGUCAAGUUGGUUUUAAUUGAGAUAACAUUUCCUCUGCUUUCUGUUGGAAUUUGUCCCAUAUGUUAGGUUUGCUUCGAGUAAGAAAGAGAUUGGCCAUGUAAUUAUCCUUCUUUAGAUUCAAUGCACUUUAAUCAAAUCAUAUUUAUACAAACUGCUCAUCAAUUUUUUUCCUC